GGCAUCAAGGAGUGGAUUCAUAACAAUUACAACCCUUCAUGAAAGCGGCAGACAAACAGAUCUGAGAACUCGACCUGAAGAUGACAGCUGGAGAAAGUUUGGCGAGCCUGAUGCUGUGAGGAAGGAGAGGCCUUGCUGUCAGAUUGGCCACCAGUGACAUCCAGAGGAUCUGCUGCGAGUGCCAUUUCCCUCCCUUCUCGCUUCAGGACUCCCACCCUCCGCAGGGACAUCUCCUGAUCAUCAGCAUGCCUACAGCUUGCACAAGGUGCACCUUGGGAGUCUGACCCACCAUGUGCAGAUGGACGGCGUCCGUAGCUCAUCUCUGUCCUGAACCUGCCCUCAGCAGCACCUCCACACCUGCAGCUUCCACUGGGCCGCCUCUGCCCCUGCCCAGCGCAGCCUCCCUUUGCCUGGCAUGCUUCACCCUGCUUCUGGUCACUGCUGGCACCGCCACGGGGGCCUGUCCUCCCCGGGUAGGGCAUGAACCCCUUCAGGUGCUGGCGAGUGGCAUCAACUGUUCGUGGACACUGGAAAGGCACACGCGCAGUUAUAAUCACUUAGAGGGUGACGUCCGGCUGCGACGACUUUACUCUGCCAACAAGUUCUUCCUCUGCAUUGACAAAACAGGCAAGGUGGACGGCACCCGGCGAAAAAACUACGCUGACAGCCUGAUGGAAAUCCGAUCUGUCAGUGUGGGAGUUGUUGCCAUCAAAUCUGUCAGCACCGGGCUGUACUUAGCCAUGUCCAAGAAAGGCACGCUCUUUGGAUCGGUGAAGUACAACCCGAGCUGCAAGUUUAAAGAGCGCAUCGAGGAAAACGGCUACAACACGUACGCGUCUCUCCGCUGGAAGCACGGCGGCAGGCAGAUGUUUGUCUCGCUGAACGGGCGGGGGAAACCGCGGCGAGGCCACAAGGCUCGACGAAGACACCCGUCUACUCACUUCCUGCCCAUGCUCCCCUCCUAGCUGCCCCGAGUCUGAACUCUGACCGGCGACCGGAUGGCUCAUCUGCCUCCUCACACUAGUGUCGAUCUAGCUGUGAUCAUUAUUUUUAUUAUUCCAUCCUCCUGUCACAUAAAAUGUACAUUUGCUGAGGUCUGUAACAUUUGUAGAGUUAGUGUAAUAUCUACUUUUAAGUUAUUUUCUGCAUUUUUCUAAUGAUGUUCAGUAAUACAGUCCAAUACAGUAGAACUAUGCUAUCCUCUGGCAUCUGUCUGGUUACAGUAUCCACCAAUGUGUGUGUGUGUGAACUCCAUUUGAGUGACGUUAAGUGAUUGAAAGAGGACAGAAAAAGGGAAAGAGAGGCUUGGAAUUGAUUACCUGUAGCUCAUGGAUUUGUGCUGGAAUGAUAAGUAUCAUGAUUACAAAAAAAGAAACCACAAAAGUAGCCACAAAUCUGAGGUAAAACAAACAUUGUGAGGACUGAAAUCAUGUACUCAGUAUUUUAGGGGAGAAUGUGGGGACAGGUUUACACUCUACAGUUAAAAAUCUAUGAAUAUUUGGCUUUUCAUGGCCCAAUUUCAGUAUUUCUAGACCUAAUAUUGUAUAUUUAGCCUUACAAAAAAAGCACGUGAAUUUAUGUUAUUAACACCUUAGACACAUUUCACAUUUUCAUCAUGGCGCACCAUUUAAUUGAUUUUUAGGUAUCUAAUUAAG